CAAUGCAGGCCUCCCUGCAGGACGCGGACACCAGGUCUGACACUCGACAGCCAAAUCGUAUGUAUCAUUGAGGAUGAAGGGGAUGAAGGUGAUGAAGGUGAUGAUGCACAAUGUCUAUUGUGUUGCUUUGGGCACUGGGGUUGAAGGCACGAUGCGCCGGCCCGACAAUUUGCCGCAUCCCAAGAUCUUCAUCUUUCCAUCUCGGACUCCCGCAAUUGCACCCCGGCUCUAACUUCUCACCAAAUAUGGCCUCCCAACACCAAAUACCACGGUUCCUCCUUCCAAGGGGUCCACUCCUCAUCCGAACCCAAACACGCGCAUUGCCCGCGCUACGGUCACCCGCAACCCUCCGCUAUGCAUCAUCGCCCGCCAAGGGCCUCUCAGAGGAGUUCCGACGACGACAAGCCGCACAACAGCAAAAGGCACCAGUAAUACCGCAACCAGAUAAAUUCCGUCCGCCAUCGCACAAAUACGCGCCAAGAAAGAACAAUCUCGAGAACAAAAUCUAUGGCCCGCCAGUAACAGAGGAAGACAAGAAACGCAUGGCAACAAAAAAGUAUCCAAACAUGAUGAGUCCGGAGGGCACAUUCUCUCACUGGUUUCUCAACAACCGCGCAAUCCACCUCUGGAUCACUAUGGGCAUCCUGGUGUCUCUCGCAGUAGCAGCCUGGUACAUGGACUUUAUGAGCAAAACAAUAUAUACAGCUCUUCUUCCUUCCCGCAAAGACUACCUGCGCCACCCCUUCGAGUCUACGGGCCGCUUCAUCGACGUCUACAAAAUGCACAUGGAGCAUACAAGCCAGGUGUACUCGCAGCAGCGGCUCAAGAAGGCUGAGGAUGUCGAUAAGAGGAAGCAGUAUAGGUUAGAGAGGAAGAUGGAGGCGGAGGCGAGGGGGGAAACAUAUGAGGAGGAUCCGAGAUAUUAUGUUGGGGAGGAUGGCGUGAGGAGGAGGCGAGUAAAGAGGUGGUUCGGGAUUUGGGAGUAGAUGGCAGGACUGUCUGAAUGCUGAGUGUAUCAUAAAGAGGGAUUCUAAAAGUGCUGAGGAUGAAUUCUGUAAGAUGUGUGUCAGAACGAGAAACUUAUCUAGUACUCGAGAAGACAGGAGAUGCUGUGUCUGCGGUACGAUAGAGUUUUAUGAGGAGAAGAGAUGCCACAGCAGAUACAACAGUAUGCAUAUGUUCGUGAUAGCUCCAAAGCUAUGCACUUAGCCGACGACCUGAAGGGGGCUAUACUGCAGCAUGUUGCAGUUGUGCUAACUUGUUACGCAAGAUCAUCUCCACACGUCGCAUCUGCAACCGAGAAUGGCAUAUCUCAAAACGCCGUUCAGAAAGCAAGCAAGAUCCAAACUUUUUCGAGUGUAAACGAAUAUGUACAAAAAUCUAUCUCUAC